UGCCAACAUAUUUUCAUGCACAGCGCGAGGCAUCGACCAUUUUCGAACGAAGCAAUCGUCCCGACAUCAACACCCUUGCCCUUCAAUGCCUUUCAAGCUGACAUGAGCUCAUUCAACGUUCCGAAACGAUAUCAGAGGGGUGUGGAUGAAAAUACAUGUGCGAGAAAGGGCAGCUCAUUCAUCGAAAUCAACCCCGAUUCAGUGCAAUUCAGCCUCUGGCGAGCCCCUCGAGCAUCGAGUCACGGCACCCGAGGAUCGUCCAAUGGUGGGGUGGACGCCAACCCCAGUGCCGUCUCGACACCCGCGUCUGUCGGACGUGAUUUUGAACUGCUGCUUCUCUCCGUGCCAUCCACACCGGUUUGCACUUUUAUUGAAUGUUGUACGUGAUUAAAAAAUAGAAAAAAAAGAAACAAUUUAUCGUCAUGAUCACUUCGGGACAAAGAACCGUGUUGUUUUGACGCUUCCACGUCCUUUUUGCGUUCUGUUUAGGGAUCGGAUCUCUGAUCCUUCCUUGUAUUUACAAUUGAUUCGGUGACGCUUAUCUAUAUCAUAUCGUUGUGUACACGAGGAUAUCAUCUACAAGGUGUGAUAAUUGAAAAUACUUAUAGGUGAGGUGUGAUUGAAAUUUUCGAGGGAACUUUGCCGCAUAAGGAUGUCACGAAGUUUGAGAAGAAAGUUUAUCGUCAGUAAGAUCGUUCAGCGUUCUCAAAGAUGGUGGUGAACGAAGAAUAGCUACCCCGAGAACAUCCGAGUGGGGUCGUCGGCGUGACGAGCCAUCGAUGCCGAAGUGGACAUGAGUUGGUCGUCCAGUUGGUCACCAUUGCAGAUUCUGCUAUUGAUUCUUCUCAAAUGUGCCACGUUGACGGCAAUUCUGCCGAUGGACGAGUCGGUUUUUCCAAGGAUCGUUGUAGCUGCGUCGCACGCUGCUCUAUCCGGCGAUCUCGCCGUUCUAAUAUUGGGUUUACCACCCGUGGAACAAACAACAACACCCGUGUCAACUACCACGGAAGAGGUCGAUAUCGUAAUGGAGGAAGAACAAGACACAGGUAGCCAGAAAAUGGACGGUCAAAAUUCAAAAGUUCCCCUUGUACUGAGAGUGAUGCGUUUGGACGGUUUCACGUCGGAGUUGGUGGGUGAGGUCACCGUCGAUCCCGUACCCGUAUCCGGUGGAAAUCUUUCGCUGACGGUACCCUGCGGUUUUUUGUCCCGAGGUGGAACUUAUUCUCUUCAACUUCAGGAGAAGAACUCCCCGAUGAGAACGACCCUCGACGUGAGAUGGCCGACGCCUUCGCUAUCCUUGGAGCCGCAACAUUUCGAGACCUAUCCCGGUCAGCCCGUACUAGCCACCCUGGAAUACACCGGGAUAUCGUGCACGCCAUCGCCAGGUGUCCCCAUCGCGACUUACUCGAUGCAAUUGAUAUACUGCGGGCCGAGUGUUCUAUCGUGUGACACGCGAAACAAAAGUCACGUCCAGGUCUUGUACUCCGAAGAGGUGAAAGGUUUCCCGGGGCAGAGGGUGGUCAAUCUUCAAUGUGAAUUAUUCGGACAAUCCGGGCACUAUGCUCUGAGACUGAAACCAACGGCUGGAAAUCCAACGGCCCCAACGACGAGCGCCUACAUCAAAGUGGAAUGGUCGGAUCAAUUCGUCUUCAACGUUCACGCGAGAUCAAUUUACCCCUGCGACGGCGGUAGCGGCGGUGUUUCCGUUCUCUUCGAAUAUCCAGCUUGUCGACUUCAGGGUGAUCGCGUACGAGUUUACGGAAGGCUAAGAGCUGACGUCGCUUCCCUGGCACCCCCGUCUACUUUGCAUUAUUUAGCCGAACUUAAAGCACCACCUGGUAAACACACCCUGACCUUUGACUGCGAGAUAUUCACAGAGAGAUUCGUCGAGUAUUGUUUCAGCUACGUGAGCCAAGCAAUUACCGGCGCCAUGUCGCAAGUUAGGGUUGAUUGCAUACCGACGUUUCCACUUCAAGAUGGAGAUGCCGGAGCAUGGGGACCUUGGAGUCAAUGGACACCCUGUAGCAGCUCUUGCGUCGGCGGUACGAGACACAGAUACCGAUUUUGCGACACACCACCCCCGAGAUACGGUGCCAAGUUCUGUCAGGGACAGGCGGUCGAGACGGAAACCUGCGGAGGAUCCGAUCGACUCGAUCUUCGGGAGAAUUGGAGUCCUGGCGACUGGGAGUGUCGUCACGGGAAGGAGUUAGCGGCAGAAAAGCCCGAAGUUGCUGCCGAAGUUGGAAAAACCUGCAGAUGCGGAUGUCUGGUGGUACUCGGUGAAAAUAAGACCAGAAGAAUACUUGCCGCUAGCACGCAGGCUUGUCCAGGCAGAUCCUUCUGGCUGGUUCAGGCCGACGCCGAUCAUCAGGUCCGUCUUCACCUGGACCAAACGAGAUUUCCUUGCAAGGAUCAGUACGUUAGAAUCCGCGACGGGGAUUCCCUGAGUGCCCAGUUAUUGGCCGACGUUGCCUACGAUAAAACCUCACCGGUCUCAGAAACGGUAUUAUCAUCCGGAACCAGCUUACUCGUGGAAUUUUUUAGCGACGAAGAAGCGGCGGAACACUUGUCGUGCGUAGGGGGAUUUCUGGCUCACGCGACGAUGUUCGUCAACGAAUAUCCCGACAAUGAGACUGUGUUACCCGCUGAUUUUCUGACUCCAAAAAUAAUGGCUGCAGCUGGAAGAUGGGCGCUGUGGCUGACCCCGGCGCAUUUGGCGGCCGCGACAAUUCUCGUCCUAAUGUUUCUAGUUUCCCUAUUCCUGGCCCUGCAGUACGCAUUCAAAUACAGAAAAUACGAGAUAGCCGAGGACCUCGAUAGUCUGACGGAUAAUUCGGCUUGCAGCGGAUCGAUGCAGGGGUUAGCGAGAAGGGCGCGUGCUCUUUCCUCGGCAACGUUGAUAUCCGAGGUCGUUUCUUUGGUCCGAUUGCCAAGGCGAGGUCCUCCGAAACACGCGAGGCUGGAAGAAACACCGGCUGACCUGGAAGACGGAUACGAAAGCACCGAAACGCAACCCGAAGGCGAUGACGAGGGGAAUGUCGAGUCCGGAACUUUGAAGGACAAAGAAUCGGACGAAAUUUCUCAAAAUGCCACAACCCCCAGAUCCACUGGUACCACGACCAGACGCUCUUCCACAAAUUCUAACGCUUCGGCCUCCGGACAACCCGAGGUCAAGUACGCCCGACCAGUUAAGUUGCGGACGGUCGUCGGGCCGAUCAGUCCGGUGUCAGAAGAAGCUUCAAACUCGGAAUGUAGCAGACGUUACAGCGUAACGAGUGCCUCGAUCAGCCUGAAUAACGUAAGAGUCCCUCACCCAAAACCAUCCACCCUUCUGCAAGUCAAGGGUUUCUCUCCGGCGAGUACGUCUUCGAAUGCAUCCAACUUCCGUUGCGGUAAAGAAUCAAAAGAUCGACGCAACAGGGAACGCCUUCUCCAAGGGCCCGGAUCCGAAUUCAGCCUCACUAAUCAGGACAUGGAUUUAGAACUCGAUUACUACGAUUACAACGUUGUGAACGCCGGAGCUGCACCUGGUUCAUAUUUGGGGAUGGAUCCGGCGUUUCUGGUUUGGAUCCCCCCCUUGGAUCCUGGGGAGUCUGACAUUUUACAAGCUAUCGAAGAGGAUCAUCAUUACGAGGAAAUACCGGAUCGAUGCGGUAGAGGCCCAAAAAUCGACACCGAAGGCGCCGCUUUAACGCCCGCUGAAUACAAGAUCGUUAUGGGCAAUGCAAAGUCUAAAGACGAGGGAGUCGAUCGGGUAAAUACCGAAGUAUCUUCCUGUCAGUAUGAAAUUAUUCCGAAGAGAAUCGAUCCGGGUGAAAGUCGAUUACACGACGAAAUAAUAUCGGAAUAUAAGGCACGGUUGAGCGAGGGCGUUCUACCGAUUCACAGAAUAUUAGUUGAGUCUAGAGUUAGAGUUAGCGACGAAUCUUUAGCUAGGUGCGUUCAGGAUGAUUCCGAUAUCCCCACCGACGUUAUUCCUAAUAGAUUGAAUAAUGACAAUCCUGAUAAAUCGGAGGCAAGAUUUGCUCCCAAAGUGAAUAGAAAUCGUCUUACCAAUGAACAGGAACGUUCUAGAACACCGCCUAGCAGUGUUUCGAAAAAUUUCGGUACGAGAACAAGAUUUCCCUCGGAUGUGAGGAGAGUUGGAAAAACGAGCGGAGAUUCGGAAUAUACCGGUAGUAGAUUUUCCGACGAUUUUGACGGCUCGAAAGUUCAAUUAACUCCAAGUAAACUCAGGAACCGUACAAUUAGCGAAGAUAUUAUCGUAAAGGAAGGAAUCUCGGUGGGGGGUACCGGCGAACGGACGAAAACGAAAGUAAAUUUGGGCGUAGGGCUCACCCCCAAAUAUCGUAAAGACGUGAGCGUUAGGAGGAAGGAGAGAGGCUCGGAUAUCGAUCGCGUCAACAAUCGUGAUGGUUUGAUAGUUUCAAAGCACAAUACACCGAGAGUGCAACGUAGUUGUAAAGAGGACGUUACUGAAUUGAACGUCGUAACUUGUAGCGAUAAAAAUGUCGAAGACGUCGUCAACAUACCUUUAAGGGAAUUUCCUAGAGGUAGAAUGACCGAGUCACCGGUUAGAGUGCACUGCACCAGACUAAAAGAAACUAAUAGAAGAGAAACAGAAUUAAUAAAUCAGGAAAUUCAAAGUCCCGAUUACGGUGUCGAAGCUGACAUGAAAGACGAAACUUGCAAAGGGUUUUACGAUUUAAUUGGCGAAGGCGAAGACGGUUUCAAGUUUGCCGAUGACGACGACGAUUAUAUCGACAACAAAGUUCAAACAGCUUGAGACUUUGUUUUUCAUUUUCAUUUUCGACAACCUGCUGGUAAUUGAGAAUUGGUGCGAUUACAAAAAUAAUGAAUUCACUUCGGGCAUUCUUGGUGCAAUGUGUUAUAUAAAGAGUCUUGUAAAGGUAUAUGGUUUAUCUAGUCGUGUAAUGAAUUAUUAAUCACAUUACUCAAUAGUUUAUCGAUUAAGUUGACAGAUUAUGAAUAUAAAUUACACGACGUUGUACUUAUACGGUUAAAUCAUCGUGUAUAAAAUCGUACAUCGUUAUGUACAUCCUAAGAAAAUAAUCAUAAUCCUAACAAUAACAGUAAUAAUAAUAUUAUUAAUAAUAAUGAUAAUGACAUGUAAUAAUGGGUUUUGAGAUAACAUUCGAAUGAUGAUGUUAGAAAGUCGAUGCAUUUACUUUUCCGAUAAUCGUUUAUUUGGAAACGAGAUACAGGAAAUCUGUCGAUAAUCUUCGCGCCAACCCAUUUAUUAUUGUAAUACCACUGAGAUUCGUAAUCUUGAAAAAUUAAGUAUAUUGAUAUCAUUCCCUUAUGCAUAUAUGGUAUGUACGACGAAACAAAAAUAAUUCUCAUGAUAUUUAUUUCUAGUCAAUUAUUCAGUGUAAAAAUAUCGAGAUGUGGGAAAAACUAAGAGCACAUGAAUUGAGAACUAGGAGUGGUAUAAAUUACGAAUGAAAUGCAUAUUUCGAGGACAGAAUGAAUUUACACAGAUUUAAUUGUGACUGCGUAUCCUGAUACUGUACGUACAUGUAUGUAAUAUGAUAUCAAAUCUGUGUACAUUUGACUUCAUAAUUAUUUACGUCUACUGUAAUUAGAUAUUUAUGUCAGAUACAUUCGUUUGAAGCUGUAUACUGAAUUCUGGAAAUUAUUCGAAUUUGAAUCGAUAACGCGAAGAGAGCUCGGACGCAAUUGAAAAUUCUGAUACACCGAUGACAAAGGGUUUGGAUGAUAACAGUUCAUGACGGGUAUAAGAUAUUUUUUUCAACGUCGGGAUGAAACGGUUUUUAUUAAACUACCUGCAGGUACGGCUAUUGCCUGACGUGUAUUUUGUAGCUGUUGGUUAAUAAAAUAUUUACUAGAAAAUA